AUGGCGGUCGAAGAUAAAAAGGCAGUAUCAAUAAAAGUUCCAGUGAAAGAUGGGGAUGCUGAUGAAAAAAGAAGAAAAUUGAAUAACCUUAAAAUAAAAAAUGAAGAAUUAAAUGAAGAAGAAAAAAAAAAAAAAGAAGAAUUAGAAUUACUUAUAACCAGAUUAAAGGAUGAUAAUCCUAAUGUUGUAAAUUUAUCAAUAACUUUAUUAAAUAAAGAAAUUAUCGAUACUAGUGGAAUUUUAACAUCUUCUUUAUUUGCACUAAAAGUUCUUAAACUCCACUAUAACACCUUAAUUGAAAUACAUACUGGCAUGAUAUUUGAUGAUUGCAAACAAAGGUUAAGCAAUAUGAUUAGUGCAUUAUCAACUACUAUUGGGUAUGAAAGCAAUAUUGUAAAAUAUAUUAUUAUGGGUAAUAAAAAGGAUUUAAUUAAUUAUGGACAUGAAUAUAUUAAAAAUUUAACUACAAAAUUGAUAGCAGAAUAUAAAAAUAUAAAAGAUGAAGAAGCUGUACAAAAUCAAUACUAUGCAAAUAACUCAAUUACAACAACUAGUAUUUCUACUUCUCCUAUAUCUGGUCCAUCAAAGGGGGGCGCUGUUAAUAUGAUGAAUCAUAUCCAUGAAUUGGUUAAUAUUAUUGUACCAUAUUGCUUUAAUCACAAUACAGAAUAUGAAGCAAUAGAUUUACUUAUAGAAGUUGACAGAAUAAAUGAUAUAUGCCAAUAUGUUGAUGAUAAAUCAUGUGAACGGUCAAUUUUAUAUUUAUUAAAUCUUACACAUUAUAGUUCUUCAACAGAAGAAUACUAUAAAUUAAUGGAAGUUAUAUUGUCAAUAUUAAAAAAACAUAAAAAACAUGUGGAAUGCUUAAAAAUUUUAUUGCGUUUAAAUAGAAGAAAUAAAAUAAAAGAUUUAAUUUUCGAAUGUGGCGAUUUAUUAAUUUGUAAACAAAUGGCAUUAAUCUGCUCUCGGCAUUGUAUACAUUUAGAAUUUACUCAAGAAGAAAUUAUCAAACAUCCCCAUUUGAAUUUAAAUGAAAUAUCUACUUUAUCAUCAGGGGAACAUUUACCAUCGAUUUUUUUAAAAUUAGCAAAAGAUUUAGAUGUAGAAGAACCCAAAUUACCAGAAGAUAUAUAUAAAACACAUUUAGAAGAAAAAAGAAAUACUAAUCUAUGGGAUUCUACUAAACAAAAUUUAUCAUCUUCUUUUGUUAACGCUUUUGUAAAUGCUGGAUUUUGUAAAGAUAAACUAAUGACAGUUAAUUCAUCUUUAUGGAUAUACAAAAAUAAAGAUCAUGGAAUCAUUUCUGCUACUGCAUCUAUGGGCUUAUUAUUAAUGUGGAACAUAGAUGAAGGAUUAUCACAAAUUGAUAAAUUCCAAUAUAGUAAUGAUCAAUAUGUAAAAGCGGGUUCUUUAAUAGCAUUUGGGUUAGCAUGCACAAAUGUAAAAAAUGAAUGUGACCCAGCAUAUGCAUUAUUAUCUGAACAUAUAGAUGCAGAAAAUUCUUUAGAAAAAAUGGGAGCAAUAUUAGGAUUUGGUUAUGCAUACGCAGGAACAAAUAGAGAAAAUAUGUUAGAUGUAUUAAUACCCCCAUUAGUUGAUAAUGGAGAUAUAAUAGAAUGUAGUGUUUUUGCUGCUUUAUCAUUAGGAUUGAUUUUUGUCGGAUCACAAAAUAGAGAAAUUGCUGAAUGUAUAAUAGAUACUGUUUUAGAAAGGCAAAAAAUAAACAACUCGUUAGAUCAACCAAUAUCUAAAUUAUAUGCAGUAGCAUUAGGGUUAUUAUUUUUAUGUUCACGAGAAAAAUGUGAAGCAACCUUAGCUGCUUUAGAAAUUAUAAAACAUCCUAUUUCUAAAUAUAUUAUUGCCACAGUUGAAGGAAUGGCAUUUGCUGGAUCGAAUGAUGUUUUAAAAGUUCAGAAAAUGUUACAAUUGCUAGUAGAAAAAAGAGUUGAUAAAAAAAAUACAGAUACAUCUUCAGUUAAUUCUCCUACUGGGGAUACAAAUACUGCUAACGACACCAAUGCCGGUGCAAAUAGUGGUGAUAAUGAAGGAAAUAACAAUAGUAAUAAUAAUAGUGCACCGGAUUCUAAAAAAAAUAAUAAUGUUAGUACUGGAAAAACUGCAAAAAAAGGUCUCGAUGGAAAAACAAAUAUAUCAAAUUCUACUAAUAAUCAAAUAGAAGAUAAUUUAGAUCAAUGUGUUGCAAUAUUGAAUAUUGCUUUAAUCGCAUUAACAGAUGAUAUUAGUUCUGAAAUGACUACUCGUAUAAUUGAUCAUUUUUUAGAAUAUUCAAAUGUUCAUCAAAAAAAAGCAGUUCCAUUAGCAUUAGCAUUAUUAUUUACAUCUUUCCCUAAACCUAAUAUUGUUGAUAUACUUUCGAAAUUGACACAUGAUCAAGAUCCAGAUGUCGCUUUACAUGCUAUCAUAUCUCUUGGGUUUGUAGGUGCAGGGACAAAUAAUUCAAGAAUAGCUAUAUUGCUAAGACAAUUAUCAACAUUCUAUUAUAAAGAUCCUAAUGCAACUUUUGUUAUUAGAUUAGCUCAAGGCUUAUUAUAUAUGGGAAAGGGAUUAUUAACUAUAAAUCCAUUACAUUCUAAUCGUUCUAUCAUAAAUAAUGUAGCAUUAGGAUCUUUGUUAAUUACUAUACAUGCAUGUUUGCAAUUAAAAUCCACAAUAUUAGGAAAAUAUCAUUACCUUCUUUAUCACUUAGCCCCAUGUAUGUAUCCUCGAAUGCUUACUACAGUUAAUGAAAAUUUAGAGCCCCUUCCUGUUUCUGUGCGUGUUGGACAGGCUGUUGAUAUUGUUGGGCAAGCAGGGAACCCAAAGACAAUAACUGGAUUUCAAACACACGUCACUCCAGUUUUGAUGCUUCACACAGAUCGUGCUGAACUUGCAACAGAGGAAUAUAUCCCCAUCAACGACACACUGGAAGGAAUUGUUAUUUUGAAGAAGGACCCAAACUAUGUCCCUCCCACAAUAAAUUGA